AUGACAAAGGAGGAAAAUGUUAAUGAAAGUAAAGUCGUCGCGGCAAAAGACUACAUUCACAAGCAAAAUUUUACACCGGUUAAACAAGAUCAUGGAGCUUCAACCAGUAGACAUAAUCAUGUUCCUAGAACUCCUUUGUCUUUGUUAACAAAUGGCAUAUCGUAUUUCGACCACUUUUCUGAAUUUUUGAGCAAGAAACAUAAGAAUCCUACUUAUGCAACUUCAACCACAGCUGACCUUACAUCUGAUGCAGGUUCGGUAAGGCGUAGGAUGAAGUUAAUUAGAAACAAGGAUACUCAUCCAACAAAAUAUGUUAAUGGUGUUGCUGAAUUGAGACCUCACACUCAUAUGUCAGAAGUAAUAAAUCCAACUUCCAUACAUGUUACAAAACGUGUAUUUCAACCUACCCAUGUUCUUGUAUCUAUUCCUUUGUUCGACUUGAAUUUUCACGGAGAAUCAACAGUCGAACCCGUUGUCAUUGAAUGUACAAGCAUGAAUGAGCAGAGAGCAAUUUUUCAUUCUGACAGAUAUACAUAG